AUGCCAGCCUCUGCAGCACAAACCAAGGCAUGGUACAGAAAAAACGGGUGGUAUACUGAUAGAGAGGAAAAGAUUGUAGUCAAUCGAGUUUUAAGAGAUGAUCCACAGAAAGGUGACAUGAAUAAUAGACAACCGGUGUCAUUAAAGGAAUUGUGGAGAAGUUUAACAGACUACGAUUUAUUGCCAAUAUAUAUUGUGAGGUUGCUAGCUGAUAUCGGGAACACGCCAGUAAAGAACUACAUGACAUUGACUCUUAGGAAGCUGGGAUUUUCUACUUAUCAGACUAACGCCCUUACAAUCCCCUAUAACGUUUUGUGCACCAUAACUAUGGUGAUAAUGGGAUAUCUAACAGAGAAGAUAAACGAGCGCUCAUUUCUAAUAUUAGUUCCAGCAGUAUGGCUCAUUGCAACUCUAAUUCCCUUAAGAUAUUGGCCUGGCUCGCAAGUUGACAUUUGGGGCACCUAUGCUCUUCUUACUGUUAUUCUCAGCAGCCCUCCAGUUUGGGCAUUGUCCAUUAGCUGGUGUUCAGCAAACUCGAACUCGGUUCGUUCACGGGCUGUUUCAGCGGCAUUGGUAAAUAUGUUUUCUCAAACAGCGAAUAUUAUUGGCUCAAAUAUUUACCGUGCGGAUGAUAAGCCUUUGUAUCAUCGAGGUAAUACACAGUUAGUAGGCAUAGCUUUCGGAUUUGCAGGCUCUUGUCUGCUGACUAAGGCAUACUAUAUUUACAGGAACAAGCAUAGAGACGCCAUUUGGAGCAAAAUGACUACGGAAGAACAGGAAGAGUACAAACUGGCUACGACCGAUGUCGGCAAUAAGAGAUUGGACUUUAGAUUUGUUCAUUGA